AUGGCUGCCUUCCAGGGCCACGACACAACAGGUGAUGAACCCUUCGCGCCCGGCGACCAAGUGUACGCCGAAGACGGCGACGGCUGGCGCCUCGCCACGGUGCAAGGCCCAGCUGGCCCUAGCAUCACACUCGACGACGGCAGCGAAUGCGCAAUUGACGAGCUGCUGCGCUGCAACGAUAUUGAUGAAACCGACGUUGCCUCACUCCUCCAAAUCCACGAACCGGCAGUACUAAACUGCCUCGAAGGCCGCGACUACGCGUUCUGCGGCCCGAAUGUGAUCAUAGCGCGCGGCCACGCGCACCGGAAGAUGGCCGGCUUCGCGUCCAAUCCACAUCCGGAGCCCCACGUCUACGCGCUGGCCGAGCGCGCGUUCGUGGCACGAAGCAAGCCGCAAGUCGUCGUCGCGACGGGCGGCGCCGGCGCGGGCCGCACGCGCGCCUGCCGCGCCGUCGCUUCCUACUUAACCUGGCGCGGCGGCUUAUCAACCGAGAGCGAGCUUUAUAUGGAUAUAAGGCGCACGGAGGUCGCCGUCGCGGCGCUCGGCCACUGCCGGGCGGGAGCCCACGACCGGUCCUGCGUCGCCACGGCGACGCACUUCACGUUCGACGCGCGCGACGCGUUGAUCGGGGCGCGCACCGACGUCUUUCUGCUGGACGCGGCGCGCGCGGCCCGGCCGCCGGCUGACGGAGAAAGCAACUUCCGCGUGCUGCACGCGGCGGCGCGGCGGCGCGGCGCCCGUCACCACAUCCUCGGGCCCGAUGACAUAGCCGGAGGUGCGCCGACGGACGCGGCCGUCGCCGACUGUCUGGACGGGAUCGACGGCGCCUGGUCCGCGCUCGAGGCCGUCUGUCUCCUCGGCGACGGGAAUUUACCGGGAGCCCUCCGCGUCCUCGGCGUUUCGGAGGGCCUGGACGUCUCCCGCCGUACGCCGGACCAGCACUUCUCACGACAACUCUACGGCGGCCUCGUGGCUGCGAUCCUCGACGCGCGCAAUGCCAGAACGGCGGCGGCCGCCCGGGGCCGCGCCGUGUCCGUCGUCGACCCGCUCCCCUUUGACGCAUGCGGCGACCGGCGCGCGUUGGUGAUCAACGCCCUCGACGACGUCCUGGAAAAGCGCUUCAUGGAUACGGUCCGGGCGCCGUUCCGCACGCUCGUGGACGAGGGCGUCGCGCCGGGCCGGUUCGCUCGCGUGCCUUUGGUGGACGACCCGCCCUGCCGGGAACUGCUCGCGAGCGCGGAUCUACGCACGUGUGCCCGCUCGACGCACGUGUGCCAGUUGCCGCGCGUCGACGACGUCGAGAACACGUUCGCGGUGCGGCACUACGGCGGCGUCGUCACGUACGCGUUCGACGAGUGUGCGCGGCGGGAGACGUCCGACGCCUUCCGGGGGGCGCUGCGCCGGUCGACGAUCGAUUUUAUGAAGCGCGUCGGUGCGGCGACGCCCGAGGCGUCGCUGGCGGACGUCCUCGACGGCGCGGACUGCGCCUACGUGCGCUGCCUGCGGCCGUCGCGCCUCCGCGCCGACCUGCGGGCGGCGCGCGUCGUCUUCGCCGCGCGGGCCGCGGCGGCGGCACACCCGCGCCACGCCCUGAGCUUCGACGCGCUGGCCGGCGCCCUGUCCGAGGCGGCGCUCGCGGCCACGGAGGACGCGGCCCCGGAGCUCCUGGCGGCCUGCGUGCUCGCGGCGGUGGGCGUCGACGCCGAGUGGCUCCUCGGGAAGACGGCCGUGUUCUUCGGAAAUGCCGCGGCGGCGGCCGAGGCCCGGCAAAAGGUCGAGCGGGCCGCCGGCCACCUCGACGAGGCGGGAACGCGCAUCGUCGCCGUAUACGAGCGCAUGCGCGGGAGCGGCGCGGCCGCGGCGGCCGCGGCGGCCCACGCGGCCGAGGACGUGGUCCUCGCGCUCGGCGACGCGCUCGCGCGCGACGGACGCCGCCGCCGGAGACCCGCCGCCGCCAAGGCCCGGGCGCGCGCGCGCCGGUCGGCGGUCCUUGCCGAGGAGUGUGCCGUGGCCGCGUCGGCGGCCGCGUCGCGGGCGGCGGCCGCGGCGGCGCGCGGCCGCGACGCUGGGGAGGGCGCGGCGGCGGCCCGCGCCGCGGCGGCGCGCCACGCGGCGAGCUGCGCGGCGGACCUGGCCGCGGCGCGCGCGGCCGACGCGCUCUACGUCGACCCGGACGCGCUCGCGAUCGAGCUCGCCGCCGCGGGCCUGCGGAAGGCGCCGGCCCGGGACGACCCGCCGCCGGCGCCGGCCGGGCCGACGGCGCGCGCGCCGCCCCCGAAGGUCGGCUGGCUCCGCGUCGACGGCCGCCGGCGGUGGGCCGAGCUCCGCGACGCCGUGCUGACGCUGCGCGCGCGCCGCGACGACGCCGUCCCCGCGGACGCGCUCCGCCUCGACGCCGGCGCGCGCGCCGCGGCCGCCGGCGCCGGCCUCUCCGUGCGCGCGAGCGUCGGCCAGCCGCUGCGCCUCGCCGCGGCGGCGCCCGCCGACGCCGGAGCCUGGGUCGAUGCCAUCGCGGCGCACGCGGCCGCCUCGCGCCAAGCGGAGCGCGACGCGGAAGCGUUCCGGCGAAACGCCCCACCAGCGGACGACGACACGCGCUACUUCCAGGGCCGCGAGCCGCUCUUUCUCUACCGCGCGCCGAGCGACGCCGCGCCGGUCGUGAAGCGGCUGGCGCGGGACGCGUUCGUCGAGGCGCGGGCGACGGUCCUCGGCGAUUCCGCGAACUUCCUCCGGACGCCGGGGGGCCUCUGGGCCCGCGUCCCCGCGGAGGACGCCGUCGAAGUGGUCGAGGGGCGCCUCUUCCCGACGUCGGCGACCUACGUGCGGCGCCGCGGCGCCGCGGCGAGCCUCGUCGCGUCCUACCCGACGCGGCUCUUCGCCUCGGCCCACCUCCUCGAGGCGAGGACCAUCGAGGCGUCGGGCGUCUUCGCGACGGCCACCGACGAGUUCCUGCGCCUCGCGGACGGCUCCGGCUGGGUGCCGCUCGCCGACGAGGGCGGCGAGCGCGUCUUCUUCGCCGUGCCGCGGAGCUUGUAG